AUGUCCAUCGUGGCACCCUCAGCAUCGUCCUCGGGAUCCCACGAUGGGAAUUUCCGCCUCCUGCUCGAGGCGAACGUCAGUUCUGAAAGUCCCAACGACGGGCUGCUGCUAGCUACAUUACCCGGGACUCACGAUGAAACUGUCAUGCACCGUGCGCACUGGGUUAAAAAAACUGGUUUGCCUCCAUACGCGCGGUGGCACGACCGACAAACUGGAAUCGAGAGUCUGGUCGAAAGCGUCUCUGGUUGCUCUGAGCGUAUCCGUAUAAUCGAAGACGUAGGAAAUUCCGUGAAAGACUGUCCCGGUCCAGAGAGUCGCCUGCGCUUGGAGGAUGGUUUCUUGGUUGACCCAGAUCCCAUGGUAGAGGAGGAUCUCUACUUUGACGACUCUAUGAAGAACAAAAACAAGGCGACGAAAUUCCCGGUCGCGCGAAUAAAGCGCAUCAUGCAGAAGGAUGAGGAGGUUGGUAAGGUGGCUCAGGCAACGCCUGUCGUUAUUUCGAAGGCACUCGAGCUAUUUCUAGCUAUGAUCAUCGAAGAGGCCAAUAAGGUAACGGCAGAGCGAGGGUCGAGGCGGGUCGAAGCGUAUCACCUGAAGCAUGCAGUUGAGACAGUCGACAUGUUAGACUUUUUGAAGGAGAUUGUUGAAGCAGUACCAGACCCAUCUGCGGGUGGGACCAUAGACCUUGAGGUCGACGCAACCGAAGGGGGACGUAAGCGGCGCGGUACAAAGGGCAAGAAGGCAGCGGAGGGCGAGGCAACCCCGGCACCUACACGCAGGCGCAGACGGAAGGGCGAGGUGAAGGAGGAGGACGGUGAAGCACCGGCUCAACCUAGACGGCGCGGGAAGAAGAAAGAAAGGGAGCAGGAGAAAGAGCAGGAGCAGGAGCAGGAGGCUGGCGAUGAUGUGGAGAUGGAAGAAGAGGAGGAGACUGCUAAUGAAGAUUCAUUCAAACAUAGCGGAGGAAGGGUGAAGGACGAAGACGACGAUGAUGAUUGGGAAGGGGAUGAUGACUUCGACGCGCACUCUGCGGGAUCUUCUUCUAUGGAUAGCGCGAAGGACGCGCCAGAAGACGACGACCUUCCAAUUCCAAAAGACUUCGGCCUUCCUGAUCCUAACAUCCUGGCUCAGGAGAUAGCGGAAGAGACGCCCUUUCAGAAGCUUAUCAGACACUGGAUGAAUGAACGACAUGCGCCAGAUAUUUUGCCUGGACAAGAAAUACUGCUCGGCAGGAUUUUAGACCACGUUAGAAAACAGUCCGACGAUGUGCAGCUUCUGCGCGCGGAUCCCGAUUCGUCAGAAGACGAGCAUUUCCGGAUAAUGCUAGUUCAAACAGAAGUCGAACGCGUCAAAUUUGUAGUCCGGUCUUACAUUCGCACACGAUUGCACAAGAUCGAGAGAUAUGCGCGAUGGAUAAAUGUAACACCAGAAGUGCAUGAAAAAUUAUCAAAAGCGGAGCUGGAUCAUGCAAAACGUUAUGCUCGCCUGGUCGAGUACCAUUUCACCCAGUCGGUUCUACAAAGUUUACCACCGGAACAGCGGUCAUUAGAGGACAACACCGCAUUUAUGCCCCCCAUGAAACCGGACAAGCUGCGUCCUGUAUUUGUGCACGCUCUGCAGCAGUGUCCGCCAGUCCACUUACCCGAUGGAACGGCCAUCGCUAUGGAGAAAGGGCGGAUAUCAUUGACUCCCUAUCACGUCAUUGAGCAUCUUCUCGCUAGAGGUGAAGUAGAGCUUGUCUGA